AUGGAGUAUGAAUACAAUAAAAUAAAAGCACCCUCCUCUUUUGUAAAUCUGUCACUAAAAAAACUUUUGUUUGCCGUUGUCUCUGCAAUAUUCAGAGCUUUUGUUUAUAGCACAAUUCAUGCUGUUUUUUUAGAAUCUGGAUUUGUUGGGUUCAAAACAGUAUCCGGAUUGAGAGCUGAUCUAUUUCGUCAUCUGCUGCUAGAGCAGCCUUUUAGGACCUUCACUACAUCAGUUAGCUAUACUCUUCCUCAACUUUUAGCGGAUGAUAAUUUUACUGACUCAGUUAUUUUGAAGUUUCAGACUUUAGGCCAAUUUUUCAAUGUAUUUGGGUCAUUGGCCAAGAGUAGCUCAUUGGUGCAUAAAUUAAGCUUGGACAAAUGUAGAUUUCUUCCAGCUAUUGUUUCAGUCUGGAGUGGUAUGGAAAACGAGAACGAUGAUAGUUCAUCUUUGUCCUACACAGAAAAAGCUGAUAUUUUUUAGUUCUGGAAAAUUGUCAAAGAUUGGCUUGUUUUGCCACUGCUCAUAGAUCUUUGUGAAAAGGCUGCUUUGGAUCUUCCACCAUGCUUGAUGCGCUUGCCAGCAGAACUAAAGCUCAAGAUUUUGGAGUCACUCCCUGGUACUGAUAUCGCAAGAAUGGCAUGUGUUUGUAAAGAGAUGCAGUGUUUGUCUUCAGACAAUGAUUUGUGGAAGCAAAAAUUUGGAGAGGAAUUUGGAGAUGGGACACGGCCUCAGGAAAUGUUGAAUUGCAAAGCGAACUUUGCAUCUUCUUGGGAGAAUAAGAAGAAGCGGAAGAGGGAACGCUUGUAUUUUAUAAACAAUGAACGUCCUGGUCCUGCUAUUCCUCGUCAAAAUAAUUCUUAUCCAAUGGGUUUUCCUAUUCGGAUAGUAGGUGGUUAUUAUUACCAAUGGCCAUUCGGAGGAUUCGGUUGGUAGCAUGGCCAAUUCAAUGUUUCGUCAUCCUGACUGAAUUCUGGGAAAAUGGAUAUCACAGGUUAAAGAUUGUCAAUUCUACCGCUAGAUUUAGCAGAUUGAAGACUCCUAUAGGAGUCUGUUAAAACUUCAACAUCCUGGUCCGAUCCGAACGGAUCUUGUUGAAUGAAUUGAUCCAUUGUUGUAUGCCCAUUGAUCUACAGCGGAUAAAGACUCUUCGACUAAGACAUUGCCUUUCUAUUUCAGGAUAUCGUAACUAUGGCGAAUACGUUUUUCUUGCUUGAACUCACGAUGGGUGUACUACGGGACUUCCAACGCAUUCAGUCAUUGGAAAGAAAGAGAGUCGAAUAAGGAAGAGAAGAGAUCCGGAUCAUUGUGCAAUGUCUUAAUAAAAUGCCUAGUGGCAUGAUCAAAGAGCCAAAAUAAAUGAUUUUUUUAGCCCUUAUAAAAGGAAAACUGAUUCUUGAGAACCCUUGCACGCUCUUGGGAGUCAUCAGCCUGUUAUCCCCGGCGUACCUUUGAUCCGUUGAGCGAGGCGGAGGACCAAGAAAUCACUCGACCCCGUACAUCUGUAACGGUCACAAUAGUAUUGUGAAAUCCGCGAAAAAGCUAAGUGCUAAAAAAAAAAAUCAAAAAAUCAAUUAGUUUUUUAAUAGUCUAAUUAAAUUGGACAAUUCUGACGUUUAUAUAUUUAUGUACAUAUUCGGCUAUUAUCAUGGAUACUUCUGAAACUAUUUGUUCAAAAUAUACAAGGGCUUGUUUCAAUGAAUGUAGCAGAGAAGCUAGGUCUCUAGAAGCUGAUAUGAAUGUAUAGGUCCAAAAAUAAAAUUAAAAGAUAUGCUGAACAUUACUUAUUGAAUCAGGAUCUUACAGGGCAGGCGAGGGGCCAGAGUCCUCUAUCAAUGAACUGAUAAUGGUAGGAAUUUGGUCUAGAUUUCAGCAUCUUUAAGGAAUUUGGUCUAGAUUAGCAUGCUUUCAUUGCAUUCAAGUGCUGUACUGUUUAUGUAAAUUACAGGGGUGACAAAUUUAUGCAAACUGAACAUAUGUAAUCAGUUGAAUGAUGAUGCAUGUUUUUAUAUUUUGCAGAUAGCAACAAGGGUAACAACUUUCUUUGUUAAUGUUUUUGCUGGAGCAAGUGGAAGUCCCAUAACCAAGUCAUUUCUUAUGGCAUCAUCACUCCUAAUCCUGUUCUUACUAUUUUUUCAGGGCUAUGAUAUUCAAGGAGGACUUUGUGCGGGCAUGAUAAACAAUCCAAGAUGGGCAGUCUAAGACUUCCUAUCAGGAGAACAUCAGAAGCUGAACUCCACCAAAUCAGGGAGCUCUCAAGUUUUAACAUUUGUGAAGCUGCAUGGAACAAAGAUUCAAAGAUGGCAGGGCUAAUUGUCCUUUAUCAGAAAUUGUAAGGAAAGGUUGUGGACCCUCCUAUAAGGAGGGUUUGAUCAAGGCUUCCGGUCCUUUUGAUUUUUCUGUACAAAUUCAGGCUCAACAGAUUUAUUAAUUAAAUAUAUAAUAUUUAUAUCUUGUUUUAUC